CUGUUGCCGAUGCUGCCAAGAAGUGGCAACAGAAAACAUUAUCAGCUGCAAAAUACACAUGCGCAUCUGUACAUAUAACUCAAGCAUACAAUUGAAAAUCAGUUCAAACAAGAAAUUGGCAAAAUAAAACUAGAGCAGCAAAAACGCAUCACAAAUUGAGAGCUAAAUUAGCAUCGCAAACUGUUACGUAAGCUGCGAGAGACAGCCAAAGAGAGUGAGUGGGCAAGCGAGAGAGAGAGACAGAGAGAGAGAAAGAGACGGCAAGAGAGUGCGACAACGUGUGCUAGAAAAAGAGGAAGCUACUUUAAAGGAUUGGUAAGAGUUCAUCUGAAGCGGGCCAACACACACACACACACAGACAACCACACAGAUGACAUGCGCAGUGCGCAUUUGGUAGUGGUUGGUAGCAAAGGAGGCAACAGCAACAACAAACAGCUAAGAGCAUAUUAAGAGAGAGAGUGGGCGAGAGAGAGAGAGAGAGAGAGCUGUUUUGGCCAUGGCCUUUUCGCGGCACAACAUCGAAAAGCGCCGACUCAUCGAGCUAGUUCGACUGAAUCCCAUAUUGUGGGAUUGCCGCCUGCCGCACUACAAACGCUCCGACAAGAAGAAGGCCAUCAAAUGGAACGAACUGGGACGCAUGUUCAAUGUGAAUGGGGAGCGAGUGCAGCGCACCUUCACAUCCCUGCGGGAGAUCUUCCGGCGGGAGCUCAACCACGAGAAGAUGCUGGGCACCACACGCUUCAAGUCAAAGUGGGAGUACUACGAUGCCAUGGCAUUUCUCAAGGAGGUCAUCAGGGAACGCAAAUCUCGUGAGCGCAUUAAGAACAGCGCAAUGGAGUCUAAUCCUAGCAACAACAACAACAACUCGAACAAUGUUACCAGCAACAACAACAAUAAUAAUAACAACAAUGCUAGCAACAUCAGCAACAACAACAACAACAACAAUUCCAAUAGCAAUAACAACAACAACAACAACAAUAGCAUAUCCCAUGAUGAAUAUCAAUAUUUUGCGCCCAGCGAUCCAAACAAUCCCAACAAUCAGCAGCAACCAAACAAAUCGAGCAUACCAAGCGCAUCGCCAGUCAUCCAGCCAGUAAUCCUGCCCAGCAUCAGUCAGUUGCCCGUUGGAUUGCAGCAGCAGGCGCAACAUUUGCAGGCGCUCCAACUGCAGCCGGAUGUGACGCUGACGUCGCUGCAGAAGACGACGCCCACGAUUGUGUUGCCGCUCGCCGUUGCAGCCGUGCCGCCAGCGCCCGCGGCUACGUUGCCUGGCCACGUGCAGCUGUGCAGUAGUUCGCGUUCCUGCAGCAGCUCCCCCUCCAUUUACAUCAAGGACGAGCCGGACUCGCAGGACGAGGCGAGCAGUCGAUCGGCGGUGCGCAAGUCUAGCCGCAAAUUGGUCACAAUUCGAGCGCAGACGAAACAGCAGUUGAAGGCGAGUCUCCAGGCCGCGCCCAAAGUGGGCGGUGGGGCGGAGCUUUAUGCCACGCCGUCGCCACAUCUGAUUAUCAAUACGAACAACGAGCUAAUCGAUGUGGAUGCUGGCGACUUGGAUGAUGAUGACGAUGACUUGGAAUAUGACGAUGAUGACGACGACGAUAAUGAUACCGAUAACGAUGCCCUUAGGCGACAGGCGGCUCAAUGUCCGCCCAACAUCGCAGUGGAUAUGUUGGGCACCGCUGGUCGUCUCUCACCUGGCAGCAGUUUCACGGCAGUGGGUGGGGCCAGCGCACGUCAUCAGCCGAGUCCGCGGGAGCUGCUCUAUAUUAAAUUUGGUGACUUUCUUGCCGCACGACUGAAUACACUGCACGAAACCGUUGCCAACGAGCUGAUGAACAAGAUUCUGCUGCUAAUUGCUGAGAAGUAAGCAACUGAAGUGACUCGAAAGGAUUUAAUCCGUUCUACCCGUUCUUAAGCGAUGGUGGCGUCUGAACUGAAGCAGUCGAUUGUAGGAGUAGCUAAAUAUCUGGAUUAUCUGGAUGCGUUUAGCGUUUAAAUGAGUCUGUAUUAGUGCCAUAGAAGACAUAUGAUAAUGUAUCAAUAAAUAUAUGAUCUAGUUUCCGAUUUUAUUUAAUCUAAUCUACACAAGUGAACAACUAAAUAUCAAAUGUGAAGAUGUAACAUAGAUAAGUAUAUAGUACGAAUAAAAUAGGUGAGUUUUUUAAGCUUGAACAAAAAAAAUCCAAUGUCAAAGCAGUCAACUAUUUUCAAAUCCAAUAAAA